AUGUACACGGUAGAUGCUGUUAAAAAAAACGACGGAGAUGAUUCAUACAGACGUCGACUGACCCGGCAAGUGUCUAUGCACACUCUAAAUGGCUUUAACGAACUCCGGCUGAAUGCCAAACUCUGCGACGCGUCGUUGAUACUAGAUAACGGAGAUACAUUCCCGAUACAUCGAUCKGUGUUGAGUGGUUCAAGCGAUUACUUUAGAAUACUCUUCACUACUACGUUGCACGAAGGAGAUUACACGAAAAUAAACCUAAAAUCAAUUGAUAGUACUACGAUGGAAUUUAUUUUGCAGUAUAUUUACAUGAGACAAAUUGAUAUAAACUAUGAAAACGUAAUGGAUACCAUGCGAACAGCUGGUUAUUUGUGUAUAGACGGUUUGGUGCAACUCUGUCUUGAAUUUGUCGUUGAGUGUUUAGGACCUGACAAUUGUGUAUCUGUAUUGCAAUUUGCCGACUACUAUUACUUUGGAGAGUUGACAAAUGCGGCGUACAAAUACAUCAUCAAAGAAUUUAUGACCAUAGCGGAACAAGGCGACGAGUUGAUGAAACUCCGAAAGGAAGAAUUUAAAGUAAUAAUCGAAGAUAAUCAGUUGAAUGUGAAACGGGAAGAGUGUGUUUGGGACGUGCUACUGAAAUGGGUGGACAAGGAUCCUGAAAAUAGGAAAAACGAUUUGUUGUUUCUUCUGCCUAAAGUCCGUUUUGGCCUCAUGGACUCCAAAUAUUUCAUCGAGAACGUCAAGGACCAUCAUUACAUACAAAAUCGAGACGACUGUAGGCCUUACAUAAUAGAGACCUUGAAGUUCAUGUAUGACCUACAGCUGACGUCGAACAUGGCCGAUUCUAUAGCGCCAACGCUCGCGCGUCCCAGAUACCCGUUCGAAGUACUAUUCGCCAUCGGCGGAUGGAGUGGAGGCAGCCCGACUGCAAUUAUUGAAACGUACGACACUAAGUCUGACCGGUGGACGAGGAUAUUCCAAGAAGACACACACGGGCCGAGAGCGUACCAUGGUACGAUCGUCAUGGGACCGUACAUUUACAUAAUCGGGGGCUUCGACGGGUUGGAGUAUUUCAACUCAUGUAGGAAGUUCAACACGGUGACGAAAACGUGGGAGGAAGUAGCGCCGAUGAACUGUAAGAGAUGUUAUGUCAGCGUUGCAUUGUUAAACGGCAUUAUUUACGCAAUGGGUGGAUACGACGGCCACCACCGACUAGGAUCUGCAGAAAAAUAUGAUUUCGAACGAAACCAGUGGACGAUGAUAGCACCGAUGACAACUCAGAGGAGUGACGCCUGUGCAGCCGUGAUGAAUGGCAAAAUAUACAUUACCGGUGGGUUCAACGGACAGGAGUGUAUGAACACUGCCGAGACUUAUAACGUGGAAACCAACGAGUGGACGCUAAUACCGGCCAUGCAGACCAGACGCAGCGGCGUGUCUUGUAUAACGUACCACAACUGUCUGUACGUGAUCGGUGGUUUCAACGGGCUGGUGAGAAUGAACAGCGGCGAGAAGUUCGACCCGACCACGAACCAUUGGUCGCCGGUGGUGGACAUGUGCAAUCCCCGGAGCAAUUUUGCAGUCGAGGUGCUCGACGACAUGAUAUUUGUGGCUGGUGGUUUCAACGGGGUAACCACCAUAGCGCAGGUGGAGUGUUACAACGACCGUACGGACGAAUGSUUCGAGGCAAAAAGGAUGCACGUGUACAGGUCAGCGCUGUCAGCAUGCGUCAUGAAAGAUUUACCAAAUGUCGAAUAUUACAUGCCUCUGGACCGGGAUAGACUGGAAGAAGGCCGAAAAAACAUAGUGAGGAACAACCGACCGAACAAUAACUCAGAACAAGUCGAAAACGAAUCCGUCAACACGGUCGCCACUCAAGUGGACAUUAACCGAGCCGUCGACGACAACGACGUGAUAUUACUCAACCGAUAG